AUGGCCGACCAACCAGCUGCAGAAGAACGUAAGCUAGCAGAAACGACAGGACUGACCCUUUCAGAGUACUGUGAACUGUGCGAGUUCGCAACCUACGACGUGGACGUCCUUCAUGUCCACUACAACCGCGUGCACUUCAGUGACGACCAUGAAGGCGACGAACUCUUCGCUAUCUCCCCUCCGGGAACUCCGAAAACCCAUGCCUCUCCGGCCUCUCCCGCCACGCCUCGCACCCCAGACGAGAGCGAGUGGCUCUCUCGCCGCCGGCCGGCGUACACGUUCUCAGACACGCUGCCGGAGCGUCUCCAUAUCGAUUUCGGAGAGGCGCUGAUGCUCCUCUCUUUCCUCCUCUUCGGGAACGUGGACUGCGGGAUGGUGUGGCGAUUCUCACCGAAGACGACGGAGGAAGAAAUCCACGCCUUUGAGCGCAACAACCAACUCGAUCCCGCCAAACGCACCAGGGCCAAUUUCGAGAAUCUCCUCCGCAUGCAGCCUGCUCUGGAGAGGGUGUGUGAUGAGAUCGGCUCCAUGAGUUAUUACAAGAUGCGCUUCCGUCCUUGGGCUCAGCAGCGACCCCAGCCUCCGGUGGACUACAGCGACGAGGACGAUGGAUAUUUCAUCGAGGAGUACGAGUCACCUGGCCUGACGUCUGACGAAGACGAGGGAGUGGGCAAGGACGAGGAAGUGCACUCUCCACCCUCCUCCGUUCCCGACUCGCAGGGUCUGCAGCUCCCCUCCGACAAUAAGGAGGAUCACGCCAGCUCUGAUGGCUCUGCGCCCGCGUCGCCCGCAUCGCUCGUCUCACCCAAUUCGCCCAUGCCAGAGUACACCUACCUUACCGACGCCGAGUAUGCCAAGUUGCGCCACGACCACCUAUCGCGCGAGUACGAAGACGAAUUCGAGCGCUCGCUUCGCUUCGCCUUCGGCGAGGACCAGGGACAGGGAUACUCUAUCCUCCGCACCUUUCUGAACGACGUGAAGAAAGCGAAUGCGCGCACGAUGAGGGAGUGGGAGGUGCAAGAGGAGAAGAGGCGGGAGAGGGGGUGGCUGUAUCUGGAUACCAGGGAGUGGGGGGAUGCGUAUCGACCCGAAGUUGAUUAUGAGCCAGUCCUGAAGGAGGCGAGCGAUGAGUCGGAAGAUGACGAGGACCUCAUUGAUGGACUCAUCAUUGUUCGAGACCAGUAA